CUCUACUCUGAACUGUUUACACCCUUGCAAAAAGUGCCACUAGUAUAAUGUCUACGCUUUACGCAAAUCUUUCCGAUUCCAUCGUGCGCCAUUUGAGACACAGUACCUACGUUUCGGGAGAUAUUUUAGAAUCUUGCAAUAAAAUCCAUGACCUGGAUCCGACAGAGAAAUGCCAGUUUGUUAUACGAACGGAAUCGUGCCGAGAAGAUGUAUAUUUUUUCGAUUACACUUACUUUUUGUACUGUACCAUUGGGUACGAGAACAUUACCAUGUUUCGACUGGGAACCACGCUGUUGUUCUUCGGGCUGCUAGUCUAUUUCACGGUGCUGGGGACAACUGCCGAUCAGUAUUUCUGUCCAGUUUUGGCGGUUAUUUCGAAAACUCUCAAAAUCAGCGAAAGCGUCGCUGGUGUCACCAUCCUGGCUUUCGGGAAUGGAUCACCAGAUCUGUUUACGGCCGUGAGCAAUCCUUCGAACGAUACAGAGCUCAUGUUCGGUGAGCUGCUCGGUGCGGCGAUGUUCGUGAUCGGUGUUGUUGGGGCCACCAUUCUAAUCAUUAAACCCUUCCGGAUGGAUCCGAUCGCUGUGGUUCGGGAUGUAAUUUUCUUUGUAUUCGUAGUCGGAUGGAUUACGAUUUGCGCGUACGAUGAGAGGUUCACACUUUUCGAUGCGGUUGUCGUUGUUACCGUUUAUGUGGCCUACCUUGCCACUGUUUUGGUAGAGUUUUUUAUCCUCAAGAGGAAGCUGCGCACCGUUGUUUCUAGAAUUUCGUUGAGUGGCGACGAACCGGAAGAUGAUCCAUACUACAAUCAGUUGCGAGAGGAAACGGAAGUCAUCAUUCGGCCUAGAAACCCUUCCAUGGGGUCUGAGCUAGACGUAACCAAAAACAGGAUCAGUAUAUUCGGUCACUUUGAGCGUCCAUCGAAAAAUCAAAAUUUGUUUCGAGAUUUCUUUGAUAACAUGAAUCCUAUCGAACGGGAUGAAUGGGAAACCUCCGGGUAUCUCAGGAGAACGCUGACAAUUUUACAAAUACCGGUCCGUUUGCUUCUAAGUGUGAUAAUUCCGGUAGUGGACUACACUAUGGAGCGACACGGGUGGACUAAGUUGUUGAAUAUGAUCCAUUGCUUGACGCUUCCGUUGCUGUUUGUUCUAAUUACAGGCUAUAUGACCAAAAGUAUUUUAAACAUUCCUGUGUGGGCUUGGCAGGUUAUUCUCAGCUUGAUGGCGAUAGUGACAAUUUUCUUCACAUCAAGAACUGAUCGACCGCCACACUAUCAUCUGGUUUAUGCGCUGCUGGCCUUCGUUGGAUCGAUCCUAAUUAUCUACGUAGUCGCCCAAGAAGUGGUCAGUUUGCUGGUUACCAUCGGACUGGUGCUCAAUCUAUCGCAGUCGAUGCUGGGCCUUUCGGUGCUAGCUUGGGGAAACAGCAUCGGGGACCUGUUCUCCAAUAUUACUCUGGCGAAGCAAGGCUAUGGGAAAAUGGCAUUCGCCGCCUGUAUGGGUGGACCAUUAUUUAAUUUGUGUCUAGGACUCGGUUGCACUAUGAUGAUGAAGGCACUCGAAAAAGCAAACCACGUGGCCUUCUCUCGAGAAGGGGCGAUGGGUGAGAACAUAGAGGCCUUCCUACUCCAGCUGCUGGCUACUCUUCUCUUCGUAUCACUGUUAACUGGAUUUCAAGCACGCCGAAGUGUUGGAUUGAUCAUGAUAGUCAUCUAUUUAGUGUUCUUCCUGUUCUGUGUACUGGGGGAAUUGGAAAUUAUUCAUCCCUACGGGACGGAUCAUCACAAUGAGGGAGAGUUUGUUAAUUGAAAGCUUCGGCAUAACUAUAUUCACUUACUUUAAAAGUUAUUCAAAACUCUGAGAAUGAACUCUGCAAAGAAGCACAACAACAAGAAUGUGAUACGACACAAACUCAAUGAUACACAGCAAACUAGACACUUUUCGUCUCAUAGAGAUGUUUUAUUGAAUAAUUACAGUAGAUGUAGUUUACUUUCAAUAUCAAAUAUCGAUUUCAAUAAAUUACUGGAUCUAUG